CCUGCUGGGAGCUGUAGUCCCUCGACGGCGCUCCGGGCCGUGCCCGCCGGUGGUGAGCGGGCGGCGGAGCCUCCGCGGCGGGCGGGAAAGAAACCCUGACCUCCGUGACCCGGGAGUGGCGGUGGGGCCCGAGGGACGGGUCGGGACCUCCGCGGAGUUUGGGACAGGAGCCUGCGCAGCUCCUGGGAGAGGAGGGGGCAGAGCGUGAACCCCACCGCCCGCAGGAAGCUGAGGAACAGAGGGGCGGGCAUCCCGCCGGACACGGGCAGCGAGCGCAUGGAGCGGGACGGGCUGCUGGGAGAAGUCGCGGGAGCCAGCUCCUCGCUUCUGUUUGAAGGCUGACCUCUCUUCCUCUAAAACAGCAGUUGCCUCUGUGAUUAAUUCCCAAUGUAGUUUUGGUAGAGAUUUGUUGUUGGAAAUUGUUGAAGAUGUCAUCAGGCCUUACAGAGGAGCAAAAGAGAAGGAUUGAAGAGAACCGGCAGCUGGCUUUGGCCAGGAGAGCAGAGAGGCUGGCAGCCCAGGGAGCCGGGCACGUGGGCACCGCUGCAGCUCCGCACACAGAGCAGAGGCUGGGCAAGCCAGGAGGCUCCAAGGAGGAAAACAGUCAUGUUGGGUUCAGCAGUCAGCACCCACACAAUCCAAACACGCCUGUGGAGCAGAAGAGCUGUCUCCAGAAAGGCUAUAACCAUUACACAGCAAAGCCACAGAUGGCUGGCUCACACAGAAAGCAGCAAAAGAGUUGUUCAGAGGACUCGGAGCAAGCAAGUGGUCUAAAGCAGUUCCCUGCAAUGAUCCCGAAUUCCCUGAGUUAUUCCAAUAAGCAUUUCUUGGAUGCUGGUAGUCAGGAUCAUGGACAACACACUUCAGUUAAUCAUGGAACAUUCCAGCAGCCCAAAUGCUACCCAGCUUUCAAAAACCCCACGGGACCAGCUCAUCCAAGAUUCACUGAUAACAGGCACCCUGACAGUAGUAAAGAUUUACAAACUCAGAACAAAUCUGCCAUUUUUUAUGUUCCACCACCAAGCAGUGUCCCCCUGAGCGAUUCAGAAAUGCUGGCAAGCAUGGACACACUGACAGAAAGAACAGGGGGUGGUUUUGUCUCUCAGGCCAGUGGUGGGAUGCAGAAGGUGACCAGCUCUGCUAGUGUGGGCUCUGCCUUUGAAGCUGCCUCUCACAAGAAAGCAAAUAAUGUUACAAAAGGAAAAUGUGUGAAAUAUGGGGAAGACCGAUUCCAGGUUGAAAUAGGGUAUAAUGCUGAACUUAUUGCUAUGUUUAAGAAGGUACCAAGCAAAGCCUAUGAUCCUGCUAUGAAAAAAUGGAAUUUCAGCAUGGAAGAUUACAGCAGUGUCUUGGAAGCAGCAAAUCAACUUUCAUCAGUAAUUCUGGCACCACUGGAAGGAGAAAAUGUGAUUGGCUUGGCAUCAGGCUCUCAUUUUGUUUGCAGUAGGGUUGAUGUGAAAUCCCUCUUGAAGAUGUGUAAGUACUGGAAGAAGCCCUCAGCCCUUGUCAAAGGGAAGUGUGUGCUUAUCUCUCGCCUGCGGUUUGAGGUCGAUAUUGGGUAUUCUGCAGAAGUGAUUGGAGUGUUCAAAAAGAUGGAUUCCAGAAAUUAUGAUAUGAACACCAGAAAGUGGAAUUUCCUGCUAGAGGAUUACCCCAAACUAAUGCAAGUGUUGCUGAGCCUCGUGUCCGUAGAAGUGGAGCCACUGCCUGAAGCAGUAAUUAAGACCUUUGCUGCUCAGCUCCAGAGAUCUCCAUCACUGACAGACAUUCCUGAUGCUGACCUUUCAGUAGUAGACUCCAAAAUUGUGACGAGCCUCAUGCCCUUUCAGCGGGAAGGUGUGAAUUUUGCAAUUUCCAGAAAGGGACGUUUGCUCCUGGCGGAUGACAUGGGCCUGGGCAAGACCAUCCAGGCCAUCUGCAUUGCUGCCUAUUACCAGCAGGAGUGGCCCUUGCUGGUGGUCACUCCUUCUUCUGUAAGGUUUACAUGGGCAGAGGCAUUUCACAGAUGGCUUCCAUCCUUGAGUCCAGGAAGCACCAAUGUCAUAGUGAGUGGAAAAGACAACCUAACAGGAAGCUUGAUCAACAUCAUCAGUUUUGAUCUCCUCAGCAGGAUGGACAAGCAACUUAAGAGCACAUUCCAAGUAGUUAUUGUUGAUGAAUCUCAUUUCCUGAAGAACACAAAAACUGCACGCUGCCAAGCUGCCAUGCCUCUCCUCAAGGCUGCCAAGAGAGUGAUCCUGCUUUCGGGAACGCCGGCCAUGUCGCGGCCCGCGGAGCUCUACACGCAGAUCGCGGCUGUGCAGCCCAGCUUCUUCCCGCUGUUCCACUACUUUGGGCUGCGCUACUGUGAUGCCAGGAAGAUGCCAUGGGGUUGGGACUACUCUGGAUCAUCCAACUUAACUGAACUGAAAAUUUUGCUGGAAGAGUCCAUCAUGAUUCGACGUCUGAAAUCAGAUGUGCUUUCCCAGCUUCCAGCAAAGCAACGCAAAAUGGUUGUGGUGGCUCCUGAAGGCAUUAGUGCGAAGACCAAAGCUGCCUUGGCAGCUGAAGCAAAGAAGAUGGCCAAAGGAUGUGAAAGUAAACAACAGGAGAAGGAAGCUCUUCUUGUCUACUUCAGCAGAACAGCAGAAGCUAAAAUCCGCUCAGUCACAGAGUACAUCCUGGAGUUACUGGAAAGUGGGAAUAAUAAAUUCCUGGUGUUUGCUCAUCACAAGAUAAUGCUGGAUGCAGUAGUUGCAGAGCUGAAGAAGAAACACGUCGAGCACAUUCGCAUCGAUGGCUCCACAUCCUCAGCGGAGCGGCAGGCUCUGUGCCAGAAGUUCCAGUUCUCGGAGAAGCAGGCUGUGGCUGUCCUCUCCCUCACUGCUGCAAACAUGGGCCUGACAUUGUCUGCUGCAGAUCUGGUGGUGUUUGCAGAGCUCUUCUGGAACCCAGGGAUUUUGAUCCAAGCAGAAGAUCGGGCACACCGAAUUGGACAGACCAGCUCUGUUAAUGUUCACUACCUAGUGGCUAAAGGCACAGCAGAUGACUACUUAUGGCCAAUGAUUCAGGAGAAGAUCAAAGUGCUGGGUGAAGCUGGUCUUUCAGAAACCAAUUUCUCUGAAACAGCUGAGUCAACUAAUUACUGUCCUAAGCCAGAUCCAAAGCAGAAGAGUAUCUACGACCUUUUCCAGAAGACCUUCUCUGAGAGCAGAGUUGAUGCUGAUGAUGUUUUGUUUUUGGAGGCAGCUGAUGCUGGCUGUGAGUUUGACUCUGGCAGUGCCUUGCAAGACGGAGAAGCAGAUGCAGGUUCAGUGACUCCCAAAAAAAAGCGGCGUAUUGACGAAGUGUAAAUGCUGACAGCUAAAAAUGGCAGCUUAGAGAUUUUUUUUUUUUAAUUAAAAAAGAAAAACCAAAAGCAAUCAUAUAUUAUUUUUUUCAAUUUUUGGAAAUAAAAGACUUGAAAUUUUC